UGCGAUAGCAAUACAUGCACAGUCAGUGUUUACGAUUUCGACCACCGCAUCGAGCUAGCAGCAGUUCGUACUUGACCGCACGUCGAACAACUAACGCCCUCAAGGAGGAAACAGUGAAAGUAAAGUGUGUGUGAGUGUGAAUAAAAAGUUGCAGUGAUUUUCCCAUCAGGGCUGCGCUUGCUUUCAUAAUUCUGUAACGCCUUCAAAAUGGCGGCCCCACCGACGGAAGUGAUGAUCAAGAUGGAGGGCACUGAGAUCCAGUCCUAUUUGGAAUCGUUCAAUAAAGAAAUUGGCGAGGUCGAAAACGAGGCAGAAUCUCAAAAUAAUGAAGAAGAGGAAGAAGACGAUGAUGAUGAUGAGGAUGGAGGGUGCUAUUUUGUGGAUCAAAGUGGUAACUAUUACUAUCAAGCUACUAAGGAUUCGGAACCGGUACUGACCACGGCCCCUCCGGAUGCGGAAAUUGAAGAGGAAGAGGAGGAGGAAGAAGCAGUAGAGACAGAAGCUAGAGAACCUGUAAUGGAGCAAAUGCAAAUUACGCAACCCAAAAUUGAAGAACCCAAAGAUAUCAGUUAUGUAUUGAUCAUGCAAGGGGAUGAGAACAAGGAAUCGCAAGAUCCGGGUGAGGAAGAAAUAGAGGAAAACGUGUAUGAGUUUGAGGAUCUGGAGUUGACUGAAAUGUCGAAGCCAGGCAGUAGUACGGUGGUUAGAAUCAGGACGACGCAGUCCACUGGUGGGAUUAAUCACAUGUGCAACUAUUGCAACUAUACUACCAACAAACGGUUCCUGUUAGCGCGUCACAUGAAAUCGCAUUCGGAAGAUCGUCCCCACAAGUGUUCCGUUUGUGAACGUGGCUUCAAAACUCUCGCUUCCCUACAAAAUCACGUCAACACUCACACCGGAACGAAGCCCCAUCUAUGCAAACAUUGCGAAAGCACGUUCACCACAUCGGGUGAGCUGGUGCGACACGUGCGGUACCGUCAUACGCACGAAAAACCCCACAAAUGUCCUGAAUGUGAUUACGCCAGUGUAGAGCUCAGCAAGCUGAAACGCCACAUCCGAUGUCACACCGGGGAACGGCCCUAUCAGUGUCCGCACUGUACCUACGCAUCCCCGGACACGUUCAAACUGAAGCGCCAUCUGAGAAUUCACACCGGAGAGAAACCGUACGAAUGCGAUGUCUGCCAUGCGCGAUUUACCCAAUCGAACUCCUUGAAGGCCCACAAGCUGAUUCAUCAAGUUGGUGACAAACCAGUUUUCCACUGCGAGCUUUGCCCCACUACCUGUGGGCGAAAGACGGAUCUUCGAAUCCACGUACAAAAACUGCACACUCCAGUGGAAAAGCCCCUAAAAUGUCGCCGAUGCAACAAAAUCUAUCAGGACCGUUACACCUACAAAAUGCACACCAAAACACACGAAGGCGAAAAAUGCUACAAAUGUGAUCUCUGUCCAUAUGCCUCGAUUUCGGCGCGCCAUCUUGAGUCCCACAUACUGGUGCACACAGACCAGAAACCAUACCAGUGCGAAAUGUGCGAGCAGUCCUUCCGGCAAAAGCAAUUGCUCCGCCGCCACGUCAAUCUUUACCACAAUCCGGAUUACGUGCAACCGACUCCGAAGGACAAAACGCACAAGUGUCCCAAUUGCCCGCGCUCGUUCCGGCACAAGGGUAAUCUGAUUCGACACAUGGCUCUGCACGAUCCGGAUUCGUCUGCCCGGGAAGAAGCACUAGCUCUCAAGGAAGGGCGCCAGAAACGAGUCAAUAUCACAUUGGAACAGGUGGAUGAGUACGAAGGCGAGGAAGACGAAACGGAGGAGGAAGAUGAAGACGACGAGGACGAUCAGGACAUGAUGACCGUCGAGGGCGAAGAUGGCCAGUAUGUGGUUUUGGAAGUCAUUCAACUGCAAGAUGAGGAAGAAAAGAAACCUAAGAUAAAAAUCAAAACGGAUCAACAAGAAAAACAAGUCGUUUUUGAGGAGGUUAACAUUCCGGCGGAGCGAGACACACUUGCGGACGAUAACGCAGAUUUCAUACUGAACGAAGAUCUUACCGACGAAAUGCUUAUGAGCACGCUUCAGCCACCGGCCAAAAGGGCACGUUACGGAUCACUGAACAGUACGUCAGUAUCGCAAGCUAACGAUAUUGAGAAAGAUAUGAGCAACUGUUUCGGCUUUGAUGACGACGAUGAUGGCUCGGAAGGUAAACCCUAUCACCUUGCUCAACUAAUGGCUUGGGUGCAACGGACAACGUCAAAAGGGUUACUCAAACCCAGAUAGACCAGUAUACGUCUAUCACAUUCGUCUGUCGUGUUUCCAUUGUAGAAAUGGAAUGUCAGAUGAUUUGAAACAGCUCCUUGAAGUCCAAUAUGACAAAAAAAUUGGUCAUAAAGUUUAAGUGUAGGUAGCUGUAGGUUCAGAUUAUUGUGCCCGAAUUUUGAACAAGCUAGUCAAAAUGAUUUUUGUGGGCACGUCCUUGUGAACACGCUUUAUUUUAUUUCAUACCUAUUCUACUUCUUUGUAAUAAAAACAGCUGUCAGUGGUCAUCUAGGUUUGUAUGAUAGAAUAGAAACGAAUUAAAUAGCGAUUCACCUUUACAAUACGCUUGUAAGUUUUAGAAUAAACCCGUUUUAGAAUGCAGCGUAGGUUUGUUACAAUUGAAUAAAUCUAAGUCCGGAAUCAUUCAAUAAUAAUAA